AUGGAAGGCACCGUGCCUGUGUUCCUAACUGUGGAUAUUGAUCUUCUUGCCAGAUCUGGAAGCGUCUCCCUAACUCCAGCUGCGGUGCCAAUUCAUCUUCACGGGUUUUAUCAGACAUGUUUCAUUUAUCUCCCCUCCACAUACCACAUGCAAGUCCACCCUUCAUUGCCGACUUACUCGCCCUCAUCGCCGGCCCCUUCAUAUUCUUGUGAGCCAGCUUGCGGCGAACAGACACUACAGCACACCCCAUCCAAUGCCCGACCCACACCUGCCUUUGUUUUCAUAAAGACAGCGGGGAAAACGACCGUUGUUUUGAACGAUCAGGAAGAAUCCGCCGAAAUCCCUUCCUACGGUCGGCAAGGUUUAGUCAAUGGAACUAUCUGUUUUCAGAAUCCUGAAAACAUCUCAGAGGUCGUUAUUAAAGUAGAAGGCAAGCUUGAGACAAUAAUAUCCGAAGCAGGAGGAAAAUCGGUCAAGCUUCUCAACACUCAAUACAAGUUGUGGACCAGUCGAGAAUCUCAAAGCUCAACUUGCCCUGCUCAAGUACCCUUUGCUGUAAUUAUACCAACUUGCUUCGAAGAUGGCGACACAACUCGACCCUUGCCCCCUUCCUUCCAUGUUAUGUACCGUGGCGUUCCAUCACUGUUUCUGAAGACGUCUUACAAUAUACACAUCAUUGUCACUCGGAUACCUCACAGCAAAGUCGAAUUUUGGACGAAAAAGAAACACAUUUCAAUACCUUUCAAAUACUAUCCCCGAACUCGAGCCUAUCGGCCUAUCCUUUCAAUACCCAGUUUCUUUUCAACUAUCAAAACCUCGCCUGAAGAGUGGUAUCAAGCUUCUUCUUGCAUGAAAACUCGUGAACGAUCGGGAAUACAACCACUGGAGGUUCAUCUCUUCGUACCCGCCGGUCGAAUAUAUGCGCUGACCGACGUGAUACCGUUCCAUUUACAACUCUUCGGCAACGUAUCUUCCCUCCGCGAACUUUUUACAUCCUCCCUUGGCCGUGUCACUUCAGCUGACUCAAAUCGAACUUUUUUAUCCGGCAAGCCACCUGAAUGUAAACCAGUUCUUCGUGUUUUUUUAUUGCGGCAAGUUACUGUGGAAGUCAAGGGACAGAAAUCGUGGCGAAAUACUACCAUUGGCGAGGGCCGAGUGUGGCCUAUGCCUCCUUUGCUAUCCAAUUGCUGUCCUUCAGGAUCGUCAGGACAUCUUGAUUGGGAGGGGGAGUUGCGUGUGAAUCAGGACGUUGACGUGGGUGGGUUUAAUGUAGCCAACGUUCAAGUGAAGGAUUUUAUAUCGCUCUCGUUGGCUCCUCCAUGUCCGCAGUCUUCCCCGCUAUUGGAAUUGCAAUUGACUGUCCCGAUUCGACUGGUGACAGAUUCGUGGGGGGACACUACGGCAAUGGAUGGCGGGUUUACGGGUCCUGUUGUGUAA